AUGGUCAAAAUCGCUGAUUGUAGCUUUAUGCUACCGUUGCCAACGUUCCAGCCGACGCGACACUGCUGUGGAUGUGUUUCAAACCGAGUUUUUUUCCACCUCCUAACCGCGCUGACGAUCCCCCAAAUUCUGUGCAUUCUCGCAAUUUCCAUUCCACCGAUCCAGAAGAGUUUCCUGCCGAGUUUCCCAAAAAUCGAUAAUCAAUGGUGUCUGAUUGUGAUCGGUGCGAUAUCGAUUUUAUGGAUCAUAUCGAUUAUUUUGAGUUUCAUCGCACUAAUCGAGAAAAUUCCAUAUUUGAUGGCACCGUUAACGUUCAUUGAGGCGUUCUUCCUCAUCUCGUCCACGUCGAUGUCCGUCGCAUUCGCCUGGUCCCUCUCGGCCCAAAAUGAACGAAAUGCGCUUUUCAACGGGAUACUGUGUCUCUCCAUGGCCGUUUUCCAUGGAUUAUUCACGUUUUGUACGUAUUUCGAGUGGAAAGAUGGCAAAAAACGGCGAGAAGUCGAGGAAUUUGUUGCUAGGCAGCGAGUUUUCGAUGAUGUCUGUGAUGAGAUGUUGAGGGAGGAGCAGGAGGCCGAAGAAGCCGCGAUGCGAUAUGAACAACACAAACACUACCGCCAUCAUCAACUGACACGCUACACAGACGAAUCUGGCGGCUCGCUGUCCGAGUACUCGGUCUCAAUUUGCUCAUCGGAAAUGAGAGUACUGUACAAUGAGAGUACGAUACUACAGUACCACCAUCAACAACACCACCCAGCUACAGCUCUCAUCGUCCUAUUUCAUGCCGGUUACACUGCUAAACAGGCCGUAGUCUCUCGAAAAUCAAAAUUAUGCGGGAAUACCGAGUGUGAAGAAAUUCUAUUCAAAGCACGCGUCAAACGGGUGAUGGGCGUCAAUAACGAUCCGAAUUUUCUGAAUUUGGCCGAAAACGCGAUCAUUUCGGUGGUGGCGGUGAAGUUCAGCGAUCGACCCGAUAUUAUGGAGGGAAAACUAAACGGCGAGGGGCCCUCGGGUUUCUUCUACGUCGGCGCCAUCGACAUCCUGCCAUUCGCCGAAUUUCUACGCUCAGCGAUCGACGAGAAGAAGGAGAUGCUGAUGAUAUCACAGAAUCCAUCAGACACUGGUGAUAAGCGAAUCGUUGGAUUCGUUCACUCGGAAACCGACCUGGUCCGCGAUUAUAACGCUAAAAACGCGCAGGCAGCGGCUGAAAAUGGUCUUCCAGCCCCAGAACCGCUUCCAAUUCCCGAGCCGGCGCAUUCUGGAGGUCAUGGGCACAGUCAUGGUGGUCAUGGACACUCUCACGGGGGUCAUGGGCACAGUCAUGGGGCGCCGAAGGCUCAAGAAGUGCCAGAAACCCGGAAAAUUCCUUCUGAAAACGCUCCAGAAGUCGUGAAAAUGCCAGAUUUGACUCCAGAAGUGGCUGAAAAAGCAGCUCCAGAAGCAGCUCUAAACCUCCAAAAUGUGCUCGGCAACGCCCAGAAUGCUCAAAAUGCUCCAAAAAUUGCCCUGCCCGAUAUGGAGCAGGAAAUUGAUCGAAUGAUCAGAGAAGAGGAGGAAAGGAUGGCAAAAGCCCUGGAAAAAUCAGAGAAAUCCCCGGAAGAGCCGCUGAUUUUGAGCUCACAGCCGAUUGCUCAGCCUAACGAGGCAUCUACAGUAACCCAGAAAGUCGAGGAGCAGGCUACAGUUACCCAGGAGCCCAUUGCUCAAGAUAAUGCAGUAACCCAGAAGAUCGAGGAGCCCGCUGUUCAGCCUACAGAGCCCAUUGCUCAGCCUGCAGAGGCUCCAGAGCCCAUUGCUCAGCACGCUACAGUAACCCCAGCUCCAGAAAUCUCUCCAGAAGCCGUCCCACCUCCGCCAAUAGCUCAGUACAUCCCGCCCACAACUACAGUACCCCCACCAAUUGCUCAGGAGCCAGAAGCUACAGUACCCCCAGUUGUCGAGCAGCCAGCUACCACUACAGUAUCCCCGAUAGCUGAGCAUCCAACUACAGUACCCCCAACGGUUGCUCAGCAGCCAGAAGAGCCAACUACAGUAGUACCACCACCAGCGACGAUUCCAGAAGCUCAAUCGCUUCCAGUGGGACAGGACGAGCUUACGGGCACCUGCUACAAAGAGAAUUGUGAUGGAUUGCAGACACCAACGCCUCCAGAAGCCGUCACGACGCCUCCAGAAGCUGCUCCAGAAUCCCACCACGCGCACGCGCACGACGUCCACGGACACAGUCAUUCAGAAGACGUCGCUCCAGAAGUUCCAGAAGCAACUACAGUACCCCCUGCAUCUCCAGAAGAGGAGGAAUUCUUGAAAUGGGAAGAAGAACGACGUAAAAAACGAGAAGCCGCCCCCGCUGAGCCCUAUGAGGACGCCCAGGGACACCAAUUCCUUCCGCCCACGCCGCCACCAACGUCUUCUGGAAUUCUGGAGGUGAUUCGAAGCUCGUUGGGCGUCGGAAACGUCACGGAUGGCACGAUUUUGAUGUAUAUCAACUUGACGUUCGUCCUAGCCUCCUUCGUUUUCUAUAUUAUCGUCAGAAGCUUGUCUUCUGGAGGUGAUUCGACGGAUAUUAUGGAGAGACAAGCCUACUUCGAGCUGAUGACGAAACACAAACAGCUUCUUCUCCAACUUCAAGCCAAAGAAGCUGAAAUUAGGAAUCUUCAGCAGAAUGGAGUCCAACAACAACAACAACAACAGCAACAACCCCAACAACAGAUGCCAAAUCACGAGCCAGAGCUGUUGGCGUUGAGAGAGCAAGUCCAACACCUGCAAAACGAGCUCCAAACGUCUCUAAACCAACGUCGCGACUUUGAAAUCCACUACAACCAGCUCCGCGACGCUGCGGAGCAAAAAGAAUCAACGAUCGCUCAGCUCAACGAGACAGCCAACGACUACAAGGAACGUCUUCAGAAGGCGUCGGACGAGAUUCAAGACUGGGCACGACAACUGGACACGACGAGGGCGGAGCUCAACGAACUACAACAAACGGCAUACGGUAGACAGCAGGAGGCGAUUGAACGACGUCAGCAGGAGGGUGACGAGUAUGAGCAGAAGAUUCAGGAGCUGACGUCGGAGAAGAAGGCGUUGGCUGGAAGGAUUCAGAAUCUGGAGGAGGACUUUGAGAGGGUCCAACGGCAAUUGGAGGAGGAGAGAGAGCUGAAUUCAGGGUUGCAAGGAAGCGUACAGAGGCUGGAAACGGAGCUAGAGGCUUCUAAGAACGCUAACGACGCCGCUGAAUCCGGAGGAUCUGGAUGGUCGGACUGUGGAGAUAUUGAAGACGUGGAGAAGGAGAAGGACCUUCAGAAGGUUCUGGAGGACGAUGAGAACCUCCAAAAGGCUCAGAAGGAGACGCAGGAGGAAUUAUCCAGGCUCAAACUGAAAUUAGAGCAGUCUGAAAAGGAGGCCACCCGCUACCGUAAUCUCUAUGAGCGCCAGAACGAGACGGAGAGUCGUGGAGCAAUAGAAAUCGAGCUGAAACUGAAAAAUGCUGAAAACGAGAUACAGGAGGCGAGAAGAAAGAUUGAGGAGCUCAGUGGGGAGAAGAAGGAGCUCGGAGAUCGGCUCAACGAGAUGCUCAAGAAUCUGAAUUCGACGAUGAGCAAGGCGGCUGAUAAUGAUAAGAUGUUCACGACGCUUCGAGAUGAGGCAUUUGCCAAGGAUAAGCAGCUUCUGGAGACGGACGCUGUGAUAAGGAAGAAGGACGAGAAGAUUCGCGAGCUAGAUGCCAGUGUUAAGAGGAUUGAGAGAGAAUACCUGAAACUGGAGGCGAAAUCGUUCCACGACGUGAUGUCGCUCAAAAAGCAGCUCGACGACUACAAAUCCGCGCAGAUUCUGAGUGGAGGAGGACCUCCAUCUCGUGACGUCUUCUCUGGAAACAUCUCGUCGAAUUCUCAGAAUCGUCCGAUUUCUCGAACGGACCGUCUGGCGCCGUCGCCACUGGAUGAGCCGAUUUGGGAUGAGCCCGAGCCAUAUGUCCCGAAUCAGCAGCUCGGUGGAAAUGCACCACAUGAAUCCGACUACUACUCAUCUGGAUCAAUGUCAAUGGGUCGGAGACGUUCGACGAGGAGAAGUCAUUUGGUUCAAGCCGAAUCCCCGUCUGACCAAGAGAAAUCGACGUCAUCGAAAUCCGCAGCCACCAAGAAGGAAGGCGUCGUGCACAGAAGACGUUCGAGAAGUACAGGAGGACGUCAAUAUCCACAAUACGUCGAUCAAUACUCCCUCACCAAUCAAUAUAUGCCAGGAUCAUCGGAUUCGAGUUUUCUAUCGAUGGGCGGAGCAACAGUAGGAGGAGCUCCUGGAUUCCAACCGCUGAGCAAUCGACACAGUAGAAGUGGACAUUUAAGUGGUGGAGGUGGAGGAGGACACUACUCGUCUGGAGGAUCGAACGGUGGUAGAAGUCCACCACCUGAGAUGCCACUGUUGGGAGCGAUUCCACCGAUCGGAGCACGCAAGCCAUUGAUCAAGAGGCCAGACUCGUCUCAUCAUCACGGAAAAUGA